CGUCAAUUGCGUGGCCUUCGACUUUCACCCCAAGCUCGUCAAGGCAUUCCGAAUCCACGCAUCGCCAAUAUGCCUCCUCCCACCGGCACCGUAGCUCCAGGCGCACAGCGCCAGGAUGAAGGCAUGAGUCCGAUGAUCAAGUCUGCCAUCCAGGGCCUGGCUAUGUUCUUCGGCAUCCAAUUCGUUAUGGGCAAGUUUAUGAAUUCGGGGAAAGCGACGACGACAACCACGACCGAUGCUUCCGGCACCGUAGUCAAGGUGCCUGCGAACACCGGCGAGAUCCCACCUUACUAUGCGCGUCCGGACCACUUGGAUGAGGGCGCAUUGUACAAUCCUCUUGCGCAGAGAAUAGCACCCCUGUGGCCGCUUGAUAGUCCCAUGGAUAUCACGAUUGUCGUCUCCCCGACCUUUGUUUCUGAACCGCUGGCCAAGACUCCCAAGGAGAGGAUUGUGGCUGAUGAGGUGGCUUUCAAGCUUGGAGAUUAUAAAGAGAAUAGGGUCAUUGAUACUACGUUUCCCGUGCCGAAGGAGGUUCAGAAUAAUGGCACGCUGUGGGCACAUUUUUAUAUUGGGUUGACAGGGAGUAAAUUGGAUCCCUCGACUCCAGGAUAUAAUCCUGAGAGGGCGUUCCAUUUUAUUCAUCCCUUGACUCAAUAUAUUGCGCAAAAAAAGAUCAAGAAGACGAAGAAUCUUCUUGCUGCUGUAAAUGAGACUGAAGUGCCCGAGGAGGAAAUUCCUGCCGGACCAAUUAUCAAUUCUCACUAUCAUCCGAACUUCACCAUGUCUUUCAUCCCGGACUCUGGGGUCAUGCAUUAUCCUUCUCUCCACCCUGCUGUCAGACAAUAUAUCCACAUGGAAUCCAGCGGUGCAAGAGAUGGUAGUGGACAGAAUGGAUGGUACUACCCAGUUCUGUUCGUCAAUACUUUCUGGCAACUCAGAACUCAUAUGACGACCCUAAAUUCGACUGUUAAAACUCUUCCGCUUCAUAUCAACCUGAAUCAUUUGGCCAACUGGAAGUUCAGUCUGCUUGCUAGUCUUGACGAAGGAGCAAAGCAGAAUGCCAGAACGGCUGCUCAAGGUGGUUCUGUCCCUGGCGGUGGCGAUGGCAGCGAAUUCGAAAUGAUCAAGGAAGUUCUCCUCGAUACCAACGUCUAUCUAUUGGGCACAACCGUUGUUGUCAGUAUCUUCCACAUGAUCUUCGAGAUGCUGGCCUUCAAGUCAGACAUCAGCCAUUAUCGCAACAAGAAAAAUAAUGUUGGAAUCUCGGUUCGCUCCAUCCUCGGAAAUGUCUUCAUGCAAGCCGUUAUUUUCCUCUACUUAUUGGACAACAACGAAAAUACAAGCUGGAUGAUCCUUUUCUCCCAAGGAAUGGGCAUCUUCAUCGAGCUCUGGAAAAUCACUACCGUCGUGAACGUGCGCGUCCGCGCUGCCGCCCCUGGCUCCCUAAUCCCCUACCGCAUCGCCUUUGAAGACAAGCAAGUCCUCACCGAAACCGAAGAGAAAACCAAAGAAUACGACGCCGUCGCAUUCAAAUACCUCUACAUGAUCGCCGUCCCUCUCCUCUUGGCGUACGCCGCCUACUCCCUCAAAUACGAGACACAUAAAUCGUGGUAUUCAUUCAUCAUCGCCACGCUCGUCGGUUCCGUCUACGCUUACGGAUUCCUUAUGAUGGUUCCGUCCUUAUAUAUCAAUUACAGGCUGAAGAGUGUGGCGCAUAUGCCCGCCCGAGCAAUGACGUAUAAAUUCUUGAACACAUUCAUCGAUGAUCUGUUUGCGUUCACGAUUAAGAUGCCAACACUGCAUCGACUGGCGACCCUGAGAGACGAUGUUAUUUUCUUUGUUUAUUUGUAUCAGAGUUAUAAGUAUAAGGUUGAUUAUACGAGGGUUAAUGAGUUUGGACAGGGGGGUGGGGAGGAUGAGGUUGUUGAGAAGGAUAAGGUGAAAGCAAUUGAGGCCAGUGAGGGGAAGGAUGUAGUGGAGGUUGGCAAGGAGGGGAAGGCGGAUGAUGUUGCUGCUGCCAAGAGCACUGGCAGUGCAAAGAAGGGAGGGGCUACGAAGCGAAAGUGAGUUUGACGGAGGGUGGUGGUGUCCAUAUGAAGAAGAUUUAGGACGCGGAGAAUAGAAAGUGUCGGUGCCGAAGGCGCUCAACUCUUUGUACAUAUGCAUUUCGCAAGAUAAAAUAAUUCCAGAGCACACAUCAUGCGAAUCAAGUGAUUCUUAGCUGAUGCAAUCUCAACCC